AUGAAUUGGUUAACAUUUCAGAUAGUUUCCUCUAAGGAGUUUGUUUUCUUCCGCCCUGUUGUAGUCUUUUUCAUGGCUUUAUAUAUUUAUUGCAGGACGAGGCUUGAAGUUCAGGCUGAUGCAGCAUAUGUCGAUCUUAGAUCUCGCUGUCCAUACUUCUAUGAAUUCGGAUGCAAGUUCGAGCCACUGGUUACAGAUAGAACACUUGGGAUCUUGCUAUCGACUGCGUUUAAGAUCAGAUACAAGGAGGCACUGACAAAAGUAUACACAGCAGCUCAUAUAACAGCUUCCAAGUACUUGUCGUUUUUAACAAAAGAAGAAACAAACUUGUACGAAGCAGCUCACCUGUCAUCGACAGCUUUCAAGAAGUGGAAAACAGGUGGGCGUAGAUUAGAGAGAGCUUCAAUACUCGGAAGAAAACGCAAGGAUUCUAAUUAAUAAGUUCCCUCAAAAACUCUUUAUUCUUAUCCUUGUCCAACAGAGUGAUUGUGUCAUAUAAACAUGUCAAAAUAAUGUUUGUAGACAACAUAUAUUUUGCUUUUGGUUGAAUCAAAUAGUUCAAAUCGUUUUGUAACCAUAUUGAUUUGAUGAUAAACUCAGUUAUGUGCUUCUUUCCGUUUA